GAAGCUUAUUAAUUUGCCUAUUCUCCUUUGGUUUUUUCAAAUUAUUAGUAGCUCGUGAAGAGGACACUGUGCCCCUCUGCUGAGUCACUUGAUGGGCUCUGCCUGCCACUUGUUUCGAUCGCUUUUGGUGUGGAGUCUGCUGGCGGGCAGUUGUCGCGCUGGACUCACUCUGUGUUGAACGCUCUGGUUUUCGUUUUUUUAAUGCGUGGAUCAACCUAAACGUCUGUCCUAGUCUCUAAUUAAACACCUCCAUAGCCUUAAUCUAGCGAUCAGUCUUUUGGUGGAUAUAGCCUCAGGAUGUUGCCAGUGCUGCUUUUGUUGGUCGUGAUUGCUCCCUCCUGGCAGAAAAAUGCUACAACAGUGAGCACCAACAGCUACGUGACGAAGGCCGGUUGUGAGGCUUUGAUCAAGGAUUCGAAUCUGUGCGAGUGCCAGGAUCAGGAGAUCAAGUGCGACAACCUGCAGCUUCACAGCAACAACGAACAGUUGUACGGAAUCAGUUGCAGUAUCUUCGAUGCCCGAGGAUAUGGCUAUAUCCCGCCCCUCAAAGCCGGCAAUAUCGGUCCAUUGAACAUUCAGAAUUGUGCCAUUCCGAAUGCCGAGAGUGUCAAGUAUCUGAUUAGUAAACUGGGCAUUUACAACUAUACGGAACUGGAGAUCCUCAACUACUUCGACCCGAAGAAAACCGAUCGGGGAGAGGUUCUGCAGCAGUACUACAGUGAUCAUGAGAACUUGAAGAAGGUUUCCAUCAUAGGCUUCAAGUCCACACUGCCAGCCAACUUCCUGGAGCGACUGCCGGCUCUGAAACAUCUUUCCCUGAAGGGUAGUAGCGAUCUUCCACCCACCAUUCUGCAUCCCCUGGGUAACCUCACCCACCUGAACAUUGUCAUCAAGAAUUUGGGCAAAGUCUCUGGCCAGAUCUUGGCCAAGCAGUCGAAGCUACGGCACCUGAUGAUCGAUUGCGAUGCCAAAAAUAGUAGUGUGGAAAUGUCUGCCUUCGGGCCCAAGGAACUCUGGCACAUGGCCGAACUACAAUCCGUUGAAAUCUUCAACUGCGGCGACAAUGUGCCCACGGAGCUGUUUUGGAAAUCUGAACAGUUGGCCUACUUGGGCAUCAGAAGCAAUAUAAGCUACAUCAGCAGAGAAUUCCUCAAGGCCCAGAAGAAUCUGUUGACUUUGAGAUUGGAACGAAAUAAUAUUGCCCGACUGCCGGAUCAGUUGUUCCACAAUACGCCUUUGAUGUUGGAAAUACAUUUGGCCUACAACAACCUCGAUCGUAUUCAGAACGGUCUCUUUGACAAACUAAAGAACCUUCAGGUGCUGAAUUUGGAGCACAAUCCGAUAACCACUAUCGCCCCGAAUGCCUUCGUUCCGAUACCCACGGCCCACAUCUAUGUGGGCAAGCUGUUCAAGUUGGCCAAAACGAGUGCGGUCUGGGCCAGGUCCACAAAUGCCACCAUCUGCGAGGAGGAGUUCAUCUACGGAGUGUGCAUGUACUGCAAACGGGAUGAGUAUUUGGACCAUUUUUCGGAAACAGAAAACUGCAAUAAGCCAACACCGAAGGCCAAGGAUGUCCUGGCCCGGAAGGCCUACGAAAAUCAGUUAAAGGUUAUGUCUGAACACGUCUGGAAAAGGAGCAAGAACUAAACGGAUUAAAGGAGGGAGGACUAAGCUCUAAGUGAAAAUUUUACGCAUCGCUACAACAUAUGAAAUUCUUAUGUAUUCAUAAAUAAUGAGAUUAAAAUAAACAGAAAAUUAAAUUAGUUUAAAAGAA